GAUGAGCCAACUUCAGGAUUGGAUUCAGCUACAGCACUUGAAGUAUGUAAUUUGUUGAAAAAGAUUGCACAUAGUCAAGGAUUAACAGUAGCCGCGGUUAUUCAUUCACCAUCUCCACAAGCCUUUAAAACAUUUGAUGACUUUUUAUUAUUGGGCAAAGGGGGAAGGAUUGUAUAUUUUGGUCCGACAAAUGAUGCAUUGGAAUAUUUUGAGACUGAUUUUAUGAUGGAAGUGGCAGCUGGAAAAGUCAAGCCAGUUGAUCGACAAGACAUUACAGUUUCUGAUUUAUUUGAAGCAUGGGAGAGAUAUCAUGAAUCAGGAAAGGCAACACUUUCACAUGAUACAAAACUUGGGAUCCCUGAAGAAGCCAAGCCCACUCGUCGCAACUCUGGAGGUUCAACAUUUGGAUAUGAAAAAGUAGUUUAUUGGCGAGACACAGCAGCAGGAAUGCACACAGUUCCAUAUUUUCUAGCAAAAAUAGUAGCAGAUAUUCCUCGAUUACUCCGUGGGCGAUGGGUAAGUUUCACCAAAUUAAAACAAGUUGACAGACUUUCUUGA